AUGGACCCCGAGUCAACAAAAACUCUAGAGCAAUUAUCAUCAUUCUUCUCCUCUCACCCUUCAAUCACCCUCUUAACCCCCUUCCUGAACUCCAUCUCCUUCAACACCCUACGCCCAACAUUCGUGAACCCCAACUCCACACCCCUCGCCAUCCUCCGGCCCUCGAGCACCGAAGACGUCAGCAUCAUUGUGCAAUUCCUCGCAUCAAGGGACAUCCCCUUCACCGUCCGCGUCGGCGGCCAUGAUAUGCACGGCCGGAGCGCGGUGGAUGGGUGUGUUGUGCUCGAUUUACGGCUACUGAAUCAUGUUGUUGUCAACGAGGAUAAAAAGACUGCAGCCAUUGGCGGUGGGAUACUUAUCGGCGAUCUGCUCUCUGCCUUGGAGAUGCAUGGUCUAGUUACACCUGUUGGGACGGUCUCGAGCGUGGGGUAUGUCGGGUGGGCUAUGUAUGGCGGGUACGGGCCGUAUAGUUCUGUCUAUGGAUUGGGGGUGGAUCAGAUUGUUGGGGCGAAGGUUGUUAAUGCCAGUGGGGAGGUUAUCGAUGCGGAUGAGGAGUUGUUGAAGGGGAUCAAAGGGGCGGGUGGUGCGUUUGGGGUCAUCGUUGAGGUGGAAGUUAGGGUCUACGAGUUGGAAUCGAUCCUCGCCGGCACCCUCCUCUUCACCUCCACCGAUCUCCCCACGACCCUCCGCACUUUCACCUCCGCCUACAACGCCCUUACACACAGCACCGCCAUCCCCGCCGCCCUGAACCUCUUCCCCGCCGUUCUCCCUUCACCCCCAAUGCCAACGCCCACAUUCGCGCUCAUAGUAACCUGGACCUCACCGGACCACUCAGCAGGCCAGGAAUGGAUAAACCGGAUCGCAACACUCACACCCUCGGCCACCGUAACGGCCAACACCGUGCAGUCUACAGCACCAAAAGCCUGGGCCGACGAGGUCUCAAAGCUCGUUGCUACCAACGUCCAGGGGCGGAUGUACACCAUCUCCCUUAGACAGAUCACGCAGGAAGUGUCCGAUGUCAUUGCACGAUAUACAAGCCCUGAAAAAAUGCCAAGGGAUCCGGCGCUGCUCUUCGAUAUGCACGAGCUGCGCUCUGUCUCGCCUUCUGCAAACCACAAAACGGACUCCGUGUUCAACGCGCGCGAGCCGCACUUCGUUGUUGAGAUUUGUGCGAUUGCUGCUAAUCCCGAGAACCUCGAGACGGUGUUGAAAUGGGGAGAGGAGUUCCAGGGUGCAUUGAAGAGGACGGAUAGGGGGAAUAUCCUGCCGGCAUCGUACAUCUCGUUUUUGGCGAGGGAGGAGAUAGAGAGAAAUAUGGGGGGCGUAUUUGGGGGGCAUCUGGGCUUUCUGACGGAGCUGAAGAGGAGGCUGGAUCCGGUGAAUGUGUUUAGGGCUGCGAUUUCGAAUUUGUGA